AUGACAUUAGCUAUGGGUAAAAGUGGAGCCGGAGGCGACGACCUAGACGAUCAAUUCGAACUUGAUCCAGAACUCGUAGCGUCUUCAGAGGCGGAAAGCAACGUUGAUCCUGACGAAUACCUCGAACCUCCCUCCCCACGUCCUGUUCCAAAGUCGACCCUUGGGAAACGGAAAGAGUCUGAAGGUCGAGAGCUUGAUCAAGACAAGGAUGAGGUAGAUAAGCAAAAAGAGAAAAGGAAGAGGAAGAGGGAAAAGGAUAAGAUCCGGAGAGCAAAGCGCAUACACACCGGUGUAACGACUAUAACAUCAGAUGUAUCUCCCGCAGAUUACACUCCCGAGAUCUUAUCUACCCUAUUCACCUCUUCUUUAAAGGCUUCCUUGCCCCAAGCGAGUGAAUUGGAGUUGACUGACCUAUAUCUCCCUUUAAACAUCUUCCUUCUUCCCUUAUCCACUCACAGCAAAGACCUAUCAAAUCCUCCCACCAAAAAGCAAGAUGAUUCAAAGGGCCGAAUCAAUAAUGAUCAAUCACAAACUUCUUCUGAAUCAUUCAUUUCACUCCAAAAACAACUCUCUCUUCUCUCACUCUCACCCACAACAUUUGGCUCACCAAACAUCAUCAUACUAUGUCUUUCCGGUCUCCGAUGUGUAGAUGUGGUUCGCGCCGUAAAACCUUAUCGUGGAAAUGGAGAAGUAGCAAAGUUAUUCGCGAAACAUAUGAAGUUCUCAGCUCAAGAGGAGUAUUUGAAAAAGACGAAAGUUUCGGUAGCUGUGGGAACUCCGGCUAGAGUGGGAAAGUUGAUAGAAUCUGGAGCUUUGAGAUUGAGUGAGGGAAGUGUUAUUUUGCUUGAUUUGGGACAUGAGGAUAGUAAAAAAAGAACUUUGAUCACAUUACCAGAAGUCCGAGAUGAACUUUGGAAGACCUUUUUCAAUGGGAAGUGUCGACAGAUGAUUUUAGCCAAUGCUAAAAUUGGCGCUUUUUGA